GAAGAUUCUGUAUGGUUUUAUUACAUUGUCAUGUGGGGCUCGUUGAGAAGGAUGCACAACCUAACCUAACCGUCAUUGAAGCAAAAAGAGAGACAAAUGAUGACGCGUUCUUGGAAAAAACCUCGUAUGCCUACGUUGCUUGCUUUUGUUGCUCGAUUUGCCGUAGUUCCUGCAACAGCAGAAUAUAUUCAGAGUGCGAAAAGUCCUGAAAACUACGCGAUAUGCCUUGGCAACUUCGACGUCUGCCACAAUUACGUGGAGAAAACGCAGUUGGGCAGGUCACUUUAUGGAAGGAGAUUGAAAUGAUUAUGUAGCUGCAGAAAUGUUGAUGUCCAUGUAGUUAAUGUAAAGUUAGACUGUUGCUCUUCUAAUUCCCAAAGGACAUCUGCACCUUUAUUGCGACCAAGCCAGCUCAUGGAGCAUCCACUGGUAAGAGCGACCUCUCUGUGGACCAGAGGUUUCUCUCUUCGUGCAUGCAAAAUCGGCUUCCGGGAUCUAGCGAGAUCGCUCACCAGCAGCUCGUCAAUCAAGAGCCCGUGUCUCAGCAAGAUUUUGACGAUGGCACCUGGAAGCUGUUUCAUGCGAAGACAGCGAUGGAGGAGAGGAAUACUAUCUUGAUACCGCAUUUGAACUUUUGUGGGUAUUCUUAUGGCUGGAGGAUAUGGAUGAAACUCGUCAACAACGAUAGGUUAAAAAUGAAAUGCAUCCUAAGAGCCGACUCCAUCUCACUUUUGUUGCCACAUCAAAAUCCUCUAAUCCCGAAAAGAGCAACAGCUGACAUUUCUGCAGGAUAAGCGCCUGUGCAGUUGGGGCUUCGAGCAGGACCAUGUCUCGGUUAGCAUGGACAGGCAUGUCUAUGGACUGAGCCACUUUGCCAAUGGACUCCAGCAAAUCUUGGACGGUUUUCAAGGAGCUGCGGCAGAAGCUUAUGCCUAGGAUUGAUUUGAAGACAAAACCCACAAAGAGGAUUGAUUUGAAGCACAAAGAGGCUUUGUCUAGGAAUUUUUGACAGUAUCGACAAUGACGCUACUCGUCCUAGGAGUUUUGAAAUCCUGCCGCCUCCUGCCAACUUCUUCCCACUUUCAAACUCAAAUCCAGACACAGACGUCAGCUGUGAUCGACUUGUGCGAGCAAAUCCAAGAGAUUAGCGUCGCACUGGCUUCGGAUGCAGACAGUUCCAUAGAUCCAUCGGAAUACGCGAUCGACGACGCGCUCAUAGGGGAAGCAAACUACCGCGCUUUGGAACCUUUAGUGUUGGAGGAAGCUGCAUUGCCGAUUCGGAUGAUCUUUAUGAACGGUGGAUUUGAAAGAGCAUGUUGUCAGACCCUGCUUCUCAGUUUUCUACAGUAGGUUGUACCGAUCAUUAUGGAUAUAAUUGUUCCUGUUCUCCUUCUCCACCUGCUCCCUUCAUAAGAUACAACCGCUGGGCAGCCACCGUGAAGGAAAUCCUUGGGUACCGCGGUCCGAACGCCCUCUCAGAUCACGGCAAAUCCUGCGCGCUCUACGACUCGCAACCCGUCCGCAAAGGCGCUUACGAAACGGGUCUCGCGAUGCAGCUCAGCAUGGUCGCACGACUGCUAAUGAUCAACGCCAGAACGAGUAUCGGCAUCAAGAUGGUGCUUCAGGAAGUCACCAGUGCUCAAGAAGGUGGUUUGGAGGCGGUUCCGCAUAAUUUUCCACCAAAUUACUAUUUCCGACCGACUGCAUAUGGCAGACACUGGGAUGUGCUGGACAGCCUCUUAUUGGGCGAACACUCUGAAGAUCCGGCGACACUGUUGGUUGACCGUGAUACGAGAUUUUUGUUGAGAGUUAUGGGUCUAAAAGAUCAGGAAAUUUGAUGUGCUUCUAACAGUUACAGUAGAUACAGAUCUGAUAUUCCUGAAGCCUCCACCUGCUUCCUUCUUCUCCAAAAUAAACAUCCUGCUAAUCUGCGCCAUCCAGAGGACCUCAUCAAGCUUCGUUCCAGGCCGCUCAAAGUUCUAGAGAUUGGCGUUGCUGUGGGUCAAAACGGCAACUACCUCUUAAGCCGAUAUCCGAAUCUCCACUACACCGGAGUCGAUCCAACGAUAGCUCCUCCCGUCCGAGCACGGUUUAGGAAAAACUUCGGCAGCAACAAUCCAAAGCAAGACGAUACUAGUGUCGAGACUACUGGAGAACGGUAUACGUUGUUGGCUAUGACCUCUCAGGACGCGGUAGAACGGUUUAGUGAAGGAGAAUUUGACCUGGUGUUCGUGGACGGACCGCACACAUACAAACAAGUAAAUCAUGAUGUAUGGCGGGGUUUUGUUGAGCACACUUUUUUACUUGUCCUCGUUUAGAAGUUGUACAACAGGUCCUCGUUCCUAGGUUGUACUAGAAACCUGAAAAUAACCGAGAUACUGACUGAAAGUAAGCGAGUUACUAGAAAGAAUCAGGUCGGAUCUGUUUCAGAAUCUUUUCGGAGAACCAUUACCUAUAAUUCACACUUCCCUCGCCUCUUCCCUCUCCCUUGCCUCUUUCAUCCUCCAUCCUGGCCUUCGAGCGCGCUGUCAAGCGGAACGGUAUCCUUGCAGGUCACGACUUCACGUGCGUGCAUCCUCCACUUCUAUGGGGUGUCAGCGACAAGCGCUUGUGGUCACGUACCAUCAAUUAUGGGAUGGACGGCGUAUGGUGGUGGAAAGUAGAGCCAGAAGCAAAGGAAGGAGAAAGUGGGGAACUGUAGUCCUAGAAAGCAACUGUGGACAAAGAUCGCGCAGCACAUGAAGAUAAAUAUAUAUUUCGUUUUCGCUACUAGUUUGGUCUCACCAGCAGGGACGUACUGACAUAUUCAUAUGACUGAAAGUUCUUGAAUCUUGAUGCUGCUACACUCUCAUCCUGAAGAUGUUCUUGUGGUGGAAUGAAUCUUCCCGGUUAGUGUAAUGCGUAACCCGCACUGCUAUCUCGUCCGCACCGGCGUGAAACCCCUGAAAUGAACAUCUGAAACAACCGGGCACGGGUACAGUUUGUUUUCGAUGUUCUUCUACCUUGGAGAACACGCCAGUUUGGAUUCUCG